UAUUUUUGUGGUAAAAUGACCAAAACGCGAAAUUCACUCUCGAUCGUUGGUGGCGCUUUUCAUUUGCUGUUGUUGUCAUUACUAAGUGCAGCGGCAAUGCCACAACAACAGCCAACAAACACGAUUUUAAAUGCAACGGAUGGCAUUGCUGCUGGCACUUUCAUCGACAACAGCAGUAGCAGCAGCAGCAGCAACAACAACAACAUUAACGAUAGCGCUGGCUAUGACACCUCCCUCCCUGCCACCACUAACUACAACUCAGCAGAGCAACAACAACAACAACAACAACCACCACAACCACAGCCACAGCAACAACCAAUGCAAUAUACACCAAUAACGGCGUUAGAUAAAGAAGUAGUCGAGCGACUCAUCAAGCAAUGGGCACCAAUUGUGUGGCUAGCGCCGGAGGAGAAAUUCAUGCCAUUGGGUGUGGAUGAGUUUUUACACCAUGUACAUCCCAUGGACAAGGAGAAGAGUUUUACGCCUGGCAUGAGUUUUAGAGAUUUCUCGACAAAGUCGCAUUUGGUGACGAAUGCCGAAGUGCAGGAUUUGUUGGAAAAUGAGAAUUCAUUUAUCUACGGACGCAAUCCUAAUGUGGCGCCAGUGCCCAUUUAUGGUGUAGUUACACUCUGUCCUGCGCCAACACAACCACCGCCGGCACAGCAGCCACCGAGGCGUGAUAGUGGGGCAAAGAAGCCGGCAAUAUCCUUGGCCAGCACACGAGGUCCCUAUAUACCCGUGUCUAUUGAUCCGCUCGAGGAGCGAACCGACACAGUACGUCGCUCCUCUAGGCUCUUUCCAAUUUUUCAGCGCGUGAAACGAGACGUAAUUGGCGGCACCAGCUACCAGCCGGUCAGCGAAUACGAUUUGGUUAUGGGUGAGACGCAAGGCAAGCAUACAGCCACAGGGCCACCUCCCAACCCAGAGACUGUGGAGGAGGAGCAGGAUCUGGAUAAUAGUGUGCCAGUCAACAACUUCAUAGCCAAUCUAGCAGACAACGUCAAGUUUAGUGGUGGCGUUGAGGAUAAUCUCGAGGAUAAUAGCAUUAGCGAGGUGCCCUAUGAGGAACAGAGUCCCAGCAGGCGCAAGAUGCCCAGCUUUCAUGUAACCUACUGGAUGUUCUAUCCAUAUAGCCAGGGUAAGACGAUGUGCACUCUGAGCCUGGGUCCGCUGGGACGCAUUCCAUUCCCAGCUGUCUAUGGCUACUGCCUGGGCAGGCGAAAGGAUAUUGGCAGUCAUGUCGGGGACUGGGAGCACAUGAGUUUGUAUUUCGAUGGCGAUGCCGAACCUCAGGCCAUGUAUGUCUCCGCACACGAUGCUGGCGCCUAUUAUAGUUACAACAGGCUAACGGGUGCCUUCGAGUUUAAGCGCCAGGAGACGCGCAAAGGCAUUCUGCAGCGACCUAACUUUCCCAAAACAGUUACCACCUUCAAGGACCACCCGGUACUGUUUGCUGCGAAAGGUUCCCAUGGCUUGUGGACUGCACCCGGGAAGCACCGCUUCGUGAAGGUGGCCCGGCUUUACGACAUCAAUGGCUUUGGCACGCCUUGGAACACUUGGAAGAGCGUAGACAUAAGCUAUGAAAAUUUGAGAUCUUAUGGUCGCUCCCUUGUGCCCGAUUGGCUAACCUAUCGCGGUAAAUGGGGCAAUCCUAAGAGCAAAUGUCACCCAUUUCGACGCAUUGGCCUCAAUUUUUGUGAGUUGACGGAUGGACCCACGGGCAUACCGCUUAAAGAGCCCCAUUUUCAAUGUGGCGCCGACUAUCGCUAA